AUGGCCAUAAAGACAGAGGAGCCCAACCAGACGGUGGUGAGCUACUUCCUGCUGGAGAGUCUGAUGUACACCGCAGAGCAUCCUGGACUCUUCUUCCUCCUCUUCCUCAUCACCUACUGCAUCACAGUGACUGGGAAUCUCCUCAUUCUCCUAACCGUGGGCUCUGACCCUCGCCUCUCCUCCCCCAUGUACCACUUUCUGGGGCACCUCUCCUUCCUGGAUGCAUGCCUGUCCACAGUGACAGUGCCCAAGGUCAUGGCGGGUCUCAUCACUCCAGAGGAGAUGGUCAUCUCCUUCCAUGGCUGUGCAGUCCAGCUUUACUGUUUCCACUUCCUGGCCAGCACCGAGUGCUUCCUGUACACAGUCAUGGCCUAUGACCGCUACCUGGCCAUCUGCCAACCCCUGCAUUAUUCAGUGGCCAUGAACAGGCGCAUACGUACUGGGCUGGCAGGAGCCACUUGGGCCAUUGGUGCGGUUCACUCUGCCAUCCACACCUCCCUGACCUUCCGCCUGCCCUACUGUGGACCUCACCACAUCGCCUACUUCUUCUGUGACAUCCCUCCUGUGCUGCAGCUGGCUUGUGUAGACACCACUGUGAAUGAGCUGGUGGUGCUGGCCAACAUUGGAGUGGUGGCAGCAGGCUGCCUGAUCCUCAUUAUCACGUCCUAUGUCUUCAUCGUGGGGGCCGUGCUGAGAAUCCGCACAGCAGAAGGUCGCCAGCGAGCCUUCUCCACCUGCUCCUCCCACCUCACCGUGGUGCUCCUUUACUACCUGCCACCCAUCUGCAUCUACCUGCAGCCUAACGCCAGUGGGCCGGGGGCCGGGGGCCCGGCUGUGUUCUACACAAUCGUCACACCCAUGCUCAACCCUUUCAUCUACACUCUGCGCAACAAGGAGGUCAAGCGGGCUCUGAGAAGACUCGUGUGUCGGGGUUCCCCGGGCUCCCCAGCACGUAGCCCAGCCCCCUGA